CGCCGAGGCUCUCGCUUGGCGCGCGCGCUCUAAGCUGUGGGUCUGAGCUAGGGUGUUGGGGUUUUCUCUCUUUUUCUCCUUGGCUUUUUACUUUUUCCAGACGCUGGUGUUUCCGAGUCUCGACAUGCCGUCUUCUUUACUGGGCUCGGCGAUGCCGGCCUCCACGUCGGCCUCAGCUUUGCAGGAAGCUCUGGAAAAUGCAGGGCGGCUCAUCGACCGUCAGUUGCAAGAAGACCGCAUGUACCCGGACCUUUCCGAGCUUCUCAUGGUGUCUGCCCCAAAUAAUCCCACUGUUUCUGGCAUGUCAGAUAUGGAUUAUCCUCUACAGGGGCCUGGUUUGCUGUCGGUACCCAACCUUCCAGAGAUCAGUUCCAUCCGAAGAGUUCCUCUCCCACCUGAACUUGUUGAACAGUUUGGACGUAUCCUGUUACCUUUUUGGACAGUUUCUAUUGACCCAACUUCAGGAUCACCAAUUCCUUCAGGAGACCUUGCCUAUUUUGAUGGACUUAGUGAGACUAUUCUUGCUGUGGGACUUGUGAAACCAAAAGCUGGCAUCUUUCAACCUCAUGUACGACACCUCCUGGUUUUGGCAACCCCUGUGGAUAUAGUGAUUCUUGGACUUAGCUAUGCUAACUUACAAACAGGUUCUGGAGUUCUUAAUGACAGUAUGUGUGGUGGAAUGCAGUUGCUUCCAGAUCCUUUAUAUUCUCUUCCCACUGAUAAUACUUACCUUUUAACAAUAACUUCCACUGAUAAUGGCAGAAUUUUCUUGGCUGGAAAAGAUGGCUGUUUAUAUGAAGUAGCAUACCAAGCAGAAGCAGGUUGGUUUAGCCAAAGAUGUAGGAAAAUAAACCACUCAAAGAGCGCACUUUCUUUUCUUGUUCCUUCAUUGCUACAGUUCACAUUCUCAGAAGAUGAUCCUAUUGUUCAAAUUGCAGUUGAUAAUUCUAGAAACAUUUUAUAUACACGAUCUGAGAAAGGAGUAAUACAGGUAUAUGAUUUGGGCCAAGAUGGACAAGGAAUGAGCAGAGUUGCCUCAGUUUCACAGAAUUCUGUUGUUUCUGCUGCCGGAAACAUUGCUAGGACCAUAGAUCGUUCUGUUUUUAAGCCAAUUGUUCAAAUAGCAGUGAUUGAAAAUUCUGAAUCCCUGGACUGUCAAUUAUUGGCGGUUACACAUGCAGGUGUAAGGUUAUAUUUCAGCACUUGUCCGUUCAGACAACCAUUAGCACGACCUAAUACAUUGACACUGGUUCACGUCCGCUUACCUCCUGGAUUCUCAGCGUCUUCAACGGUGGAAAAGCCUUCAAAAGUACAUAAAGCUCUUUACAGUAAAGGCAUUCUACUGAUGGCAGCUUCAGAAAAUGAAGAUAAUGACAUUUUGUGGUGUGUCAACCAUGAUACAUUUCCUUUCCAAAAGCCAAUGAUGGAAACCCAGAUGACAACCCGUGUUGAUGGUCAUUCCUGGGCUCUUUCUGCAAUAGAUGAAUUGAAAGUAGAUAAAAUAAUUACACCCUUAAAUAAGGAUCAUAUUCCAAUAACUGACUCACCAGUUGUGGUACAGCAGCACAUGUUGCCUCCAAAGAAAUUUGUUCUCCUCUCAGCACAGGGAAGUCUCAUGUUUCAUAAACUUAGACCUGUAGAUCAACUGAGACAUCUACUUGUGAGUAAUGUGGGUGGAGAUGGAGAAGAGAUUGAAAGAUUCUUUAAAUUACAUCAGGAAGACCAGGCUUGUGCAACCUGCCUUAUCCUUGCUUGUUCCACUGCUGCCUGUGAUAGAGAAGUAUCUGCAUGGGCCACUCGGGCUUUCUUCAGGUACGGUGGUGAAGCACAGAUGAGAUUUCCAACCACUCUCCCUGCUCCAAGUAAUGUUGGUCCCAUCUUGGGGUCUCCUGUCUACUCUAGUUCUCCUAUUCCUAGUGGUAAUCCAUACCCAAAUCCAUCAUUUUUGGGAACACCAUCUCAAGGUGUACAUCCUCCUGCCAUGUCAACUCCAGUGUGUGUUUCAGGAAACCCAGCAACUCAGGCCGCAAGUAUGAGUUGUAUGGCUGCACCAGAGAUUGUGUACUCUGGAAAACACAAUGGUAUUUGCAUUUACUUUUCUCGAAUCAUGGGAAAUAUCUGGGAUGCGAGUUUAGUUGUGGAGAGAGUAUUCAAGAGUGGCAACAGAGAAAUCACUGCAAUUGAAAGUAGUGUCCCCUCCCAACUGUUGGAGUCAGUGCUACAAGAACUAAAAGGUUUGCAAGAAUUUCUAGACAGAAACUCCCAAUUUGCAGGCGGACCAUUAGGAAAUCCAAAUACAACAGCCAAAGUGCAGCAGAGGCUGAUAGGAUUCAUGCGUCCUGAAAAUGGAAAUACCCAGCAGAUGCAACAGGAACUGCAGAGGAAGUUUCAUGAGGCUCAACUGAGUGAAAAGGUUUCACUUCAGGCAAUCCAGCAGUUGGUUCGAAAAUCAUACCAGGCUCUGGCUUUAUGGAAGCUUCUUUGUGAACAUCAGUUCACUGUCAUUGUAGGAGAACUUCAGAAGGAAUUUCAAGAGCAGCUGAAAAUCACCACCUUUAAAGAUCUGGUAAUCAGGGACAAGGAACUGACCGGGGCAUUAAUUGCUUCUCUUAUCAACUGCUACAUCAGAGAUAAUGCUGCUGUUGAUGGCAUUAGUUUACACUUACAGGAUAUCUGCCCACUUCUAUAUAGCACUGAUGAUGCAAUUUGUUCUAAGGCAAAUGAACUCCUCCAGCGUUCCCGACAAGUUCAAAAUAAGAUUGAAAAGGAAAGAAUGUUAAGAGAAUCCUUAAAGGAAUAUCAGAAAAUCAGCAAUCAAGUGGACCUUUCCAGUGUUUGUGCUCAGUAUAGACAAGUCCGUUUUUAUGAGGGUGUAGUGGAGCUCUCUCUUACUGCUGCAGAAAAAAAAGAUCCUCAGGGUCUUGGACUUCAUUUCUAUAAACAUGGAGAACCAGAAGAAGACAUCGUGGGACUGCAGGCUUUCCAAGAAAGAUUAAACAGUUACAAGUGUAUUACAGAUACACUUCAAGAAUUGGUAAAUCAAAGUAAGGCUGCUCCUCAGUCUCCCAGUGUACCCAAAAAACCUGGGCCUCCAGUAUUGUCAUCUGAUCCCAAUAUGCUGAGUAAUGAAGAAGCAGGACAUCACUUUGAACAAAUGCUUAAAUUGUCUCAACGAUCCAAAGAUGAGCUCUUUAGUAUUGCCCUUUAUAAUUGGCUAAUACAAGCUGAUCUUGCAGAUAAGUUAUUGCAGAUUGCUUCUCCAUUUCUGGAGCCACAUCUAGUCCGAAUGGCCAAAGUUGAUCAAAACAAAGUUCGUUAUAUGGAUUUACUCUGGAGGUAUUAUGAAAAGAACAGAAGUUUUAGUAAUGCUGCUCGUGUCCUGUCCAAAUUGGCUGACAUGCAUAGCACAGAAAUUUCACUUCAGCAGCGACUAGAGUACAUUGCUCGAGCCAUUCUUAGUGCCAAAAGUUCCACUGCCAUUUCAUCGAUAGCUGCAGAUGGUGAAUUCCUUCAUGAAUUAGAAGAAAAAAUGGAAGUUGCUAGGAUCCAACUUCAGAUACAAGAGACACUACGAAGGCAGUAUUCCCAUCAUUCUUCUGUACAGGAUGCAAUUUCUCAGCUGGAUUCUGAGCUAAUGGACAUAACUAAGCUUUAUGGGGAAUUUGCUGACCCAUUUAAACUUGCAGAGUGUAAACUUGCAAUAAUUCAUUGUGCUGGUUAUUCAGACCCUAUAUUGGUGCAGACACUUUGGCAAGAUAUCAUAGAGAAAGAAUUGAAUGAAAGUGUAGCGUUGAGCUCCUCAGAUAGAAUGCAUGCUCUUAGUCUCAAGGUUGUGCUCCUUGGCAAAAUUUAUGCUGGCACACCUCGCUUCUUUCCUUUAGAUUUUAUUGUGCAGUUUUUAGAGCAGCAAGUUUGUACUUUGAACUGGGAUGUAGGUUUUGUAAUACAGACAAUGAAUGAGAUUGGAGUGCCAUUACCUAGACUACUAGAAGUAUAUGAUCACUUGUUCAAGUCACGGGAUCCAUUCUGGAACAGAAUGAAGAAACCACUGCACCUUUUGGAUUGUAUACAUGUACUGUUGGCAAGAUAUGUUGAGAAUCCUAGCCAGGUUUUAAAUUGUGAGAGGAGAAGAUUUACGAAUCUGUGCCUGGAUGCCAUUUGUGGUUAUCUGGUUGAGCUUCAGUCUAUGAGCUCUUCAGUGGCAGUACAAGCCAUCACAGGAAAUUUUAAAUCUCUUCAGGCUAAACUAGAACGGCUUCAUUAAUUAUUGUAAUGUAUUGUCGUCCAUGCAUUUUAAUCUGUAAAAUAAAACCUCAACUGGGUCCAGAUAUCAGGUGCUCUAAAUCUAAGAAUUUAAGAACAAUUUUAAUAGAAAU